CAAGUCGGAGAGGAAGAUGCAGGACUCGGAGUCGGAUAAGGAGAUGCAGGAUGGGGAAGAUAUUCUGGCGAAACCGCUCGUGACGAUUGAAGAUGUGAUACAUAUUAAGUCUGCACCUUGGUGGACUCCAAUGGAUUUCAUGGCAAGAGUUGGAAGCGUUGUACGAGUCAAAUUGGAAGAACGGGAGAAGUUGGUAGAAGAGAGAGUCAAGAACAUGAAUCCUAGUGCCACAGAUUCAGUUCCUGAUCACUCCAAGUCGGAGAGGAAGAUGCAGGACUCGGGGAAGGAGAUGCAGGACGGGAAAGAUAUUCCGGCGAAACCGCUCGUGACGAUUGAAGAUGUGAUAGGUAUUAAGCCUGAACCUUGGUGGACUCCAAUGGAUUACAUGGCAAUAGUUGCAAGCGUUGCUGGAUUCAAAUUGGAAGAACAGGAGAAGUUGGAAGAAGAAAGAGUAAAGAACAUGAGUCCUAAUGCCACAGAUUCAGUUCUUGAUCACUCCAAUGGCCAGAGGUUAAAGAUAAUGGAUGACUUGAACUUGAGUCCUCUCUCACGCCCUCUUGACGUAUCAAGGGGUGGUCAAAAUUUGAAGGAACAGAUGACUUCAGAGACGCCUGUAAAGACAAACCCAGAGGGUUCUUCUCACUCCAAUGCCGAUAAGUACUUGAAAGUGAGGCCUCCCUGGGCCCUCUUGACAUAUCAAGGGGUGAAAAUUUCAGAAAACAAAAGUCUUUAG